UUAUUAUUAUGAUUUGACAUGUUUGAAUGUUGUGUGCCGCCUGUACGCACGCGAGCAGCGACACACUGAUGCGCGCCUGAGCGAAGCUGACGUCGGACACUGGAGCCUGAGCUGCCACGAAUAGAUUCAGUAUCCACGGCAGCGGCCGCUCGACCACGACAGGACCUCGUGUUCCUCCGCCGGCAGUGGAUUCCUAUCUUUUCUGCCCUUCCUCGUCUCCUUUUUUCCCGUCGGAGCAGUUUGUGAGUCUCGUGUCUCGUGUCUGUGGAUCACAUGAAGUGGAUUUUUUGGACGGGACUGGACGUGUAGUGGUUCACGGAGAGAGAAGGAGAGAAAUGCCCACGGCGGUGACAAAGAGGAGAUUGAGUGUUAGUCUUUGAUCCUGUCAGAGUGGGACGCGUCUAGCAAGGGACCGAGGAGGGAGCAGUGCCAACUUGGAACAUGGUGCCUAAUAUUUACCCGGCAGUGCCCUUCCUGCCCAGGGGGGCGUUGCUGUUCCUGCUUCUACUCAGCUGCAUGGUGUUCUCCUCUGUGGCAGACAGCUUGCCAAGUUUCGUCAAAACCCCAGAGGACCAGACGGGUAUCUCGGGCGGAGUUGCUUCGUUUGUGUGCCAGGCCACUGGGGAGCCCAAACCCAGAAUCACCUGGAUGAAGAAAGGCAAGAAAGUCAGCUCCCAGCGCUUUGAGGUGAUUGAGUUUGAUGACGGCUCGGGCUCCGUACUGCGCAUCCAGCCACUGCGCACACACCGAGAUGAAGCCAUUUACGAGUGCACGGCCACCAACAGUGCUGGCGAGAUCAACACCAGUGCUAAGCUUACGGUGCUUGAAGAGAACCAGAUCCCACACGGCUUCCCCAGCAUCGACAUGGGUCCCCAGCUAAAGGUGGUGGAAAGGACCAGAACUGCGACCAUGCUGUGCGCCGCCAGUGGAAACCCAGACCCGGAGAUCUUCUGGUUCAAGGACAUGCUUCCUGUUGACAUCAGCAGCAGCAACCCGCGCAUCAAGCAGCUUCGCUCAGGUGGUACACCAAUUAGAGGAGCUCUGCAAAUUGAGAACAGCGAGGAGUCUGACCAGGGGAAAUACGAAUGUGUUGCCUCCAACAGUGCCGGGACUCGCUACUCCGCUCCCGCCAAUCUCUACGUACGAGUGCGAAGAGUCCCACCCAGAUUCUCCAUCCCACCCACCAACCAAGAGGUGAUGCCAGGUGGCAGCAUCAACCUGACAUGUGUGGCAGUGGGUUCUCCGAUGCCCUACGUGAAGUGGACCAUGGGCAUGGUGGACCUGACCAAGGAGGAGGAGAUGCCACUGGGACGCAAUGUGCUGGAGGUCACCAACAUCCGCGAGUCCACCAAUUACACCUGCGUGGCCAUGUCCUCCCUGGGCAUGAUUGAAGCCACGGCUCAGGUUACUGUCAAAGCCUUGCCAAAGCCCCCGAGCUCGCUCAUUGUGACAGAAACCACAGCCACGAGUGUGACUCUCACCUGGGACUCUGGGAACCCAGAACCUGUGUCCUACUACAUGAUCCAGUACAGACCCAAGUCCUCAGAAAAUGGCUUCCAGGAAGUGGAAGGUGUGGCCACCACACGGUACAGCAUCGGUGGACUCAGCCCUUACUCUGAGUACGAGUUCCGUGUCAUGGCCGUCAACAACAUUGGCCGCGGGCCCCCCAGCGACGCCGUGGAGACACGCACCGGUGAGCAGGCCCCGUCCUCGCCUCCUCUGCACGUCCAGGCGCGCAUGUUGAGUGCCAGCACGAUGUUGGUCCAGUGGGAACCGCCCGAGGAACCGAACGGGCAGAUCAGGGGCUACCGCAUCUACUAUAGCUCGGACCUGACGGCGCCGCUCAGUGCCUGGCAGAAACACAACACCGAUGACAGCAGUCUGACCACCAUCUCAGCCCUGACUCCUGACAUCACAUACAGCCUCCGGGUGCUGGGCUUCACCUCUGUAGGUGAUGGGCCGCCUUCUGACAUUCUGCAAGUGAAAACCCAGCAGGGAGUCCCCGCGCAGCCGUCCAGCUUCGAGGCGGAAGCCGAGCUCGACACCCGCAUCAGGCUAACAUGGCUGUGGCCUGUGCAGGGCCCCAUCACCAAGUAUGAGCUGAAGUACUGGGAGGCCGGCACAGAGAGCGAGAUGCAUGUGACGUUUGACCCAGUGGGCUCUUAUGCCGUGGACGGUUUAAAGCCUGACACCUCGUACCAUUUCUCACUGGCAGCUCGUUCCGAAAUGGGUUUAGGUGUUUACACACAGCCGAUCGAGGCCCGCACCGCACAGUCCACCCCGUCCGCUCCUCCUCAAGAGGUACAUCUGCUCAGCCUGAGCUCCACCAGCCUCCAGGUGAGUUGGGUGGCUCCACCCGCAGAUAGCCGCCACGGCGCCAUUGUGCGCUACACAGUCAGCUACCAGGCCCUGGCUGGAGAAGACACGGAGCGGCAUGAGGUGCCGGACAUCGGUGCAGACGCCACCAACUGUGUUCUAGAGGGUCUGGAGAAGUGGACUGAGUAUCAGGUGUGGGUGAGGGCACACACUGAUGUAGGCCCGGGCCCUGAAAGUGCCCCAGUGAGGAUGAAAACCAAAGAGGAUGUGCCAGGAGCACCCCCCAGGAAGUUGGAGGUGGAGGCCAUCAACUCCACAGCCAUCCGGGUCACAUGGAAGCCCCCUCUGCAGAUGAAGCAGCACGGGCAAAUCCGAGGAUAUCAAGUCAUCUUCUCCCGGCUGGAAAACGGCGAACCUCGAGGCCAGCCAAAUAUCUUGGAUGUGGCUCUGCCAGAGGCUCAGUGGAAUAUUGAGGAGUCCACCGAGCAUGAGGCCGUCAUUGGUGGACUCCACUCUGAAACCAUGUACUCUGUCACUGUAGCAGCGUACACCAUCAAGGGAGACGGAGCUCGUAGCAAAGCUAAAGUCAUCACCACAACUGGAGCAGUGCCAGGCAAGCCCACAAUGAUGUUGAUCAGCACCACCAUGGGCAACACAGCACUGAUCCAGUGGCAGCCACCGAAGGACAUGGUGGGCGAGUUGAUGGGCUACAGGCUGCAGUACAAGCGCACUGAGGAGGAACUCUUCACCACGCGUGAACUGAAGAGGACUGAUGACCACUACACUGUCACCGGUCUGCACAAAGGUGCCACGUACUUGUUCCGCAUUAGCGCUCGCAAUCGCGCGGGCAUCGGUGAGGCCCACGUGAAGGAGAUCGGCACACAGGAGGACUUGCCCUCUGGUUUCCCAGUCAACCUGCAUGUAACGGGUCUGACCCAGUCCAGCACCCAGCUGACCUGGCAGCCCCCGGUGCUGGCAGAAAGAAAUGGCAAAAUCGUCUACUACUUGGUGGUUUACAGAGACAUCAACAGCCAGCAGAACACCACCAACCGGACAGCCGACACACACAUGACCAUCCAAGGCCUCAAUCCUGACACCACCUAUGACAUCCGGGUGCAGGCGUAUACCAGUAAAGGUGCAGGACCCCUCAGCCCCAGCAUUCAGAGCAGAACUAUGUCAAAUGAUUUUCCCACCCUGAACUUUGGUGUCAAAGCUGUGAUGAAAACCUCGGUCCUCCUCACCUGGGAUUUGCCACCAAACUACAAACCUCAGGCUCCUUUUAAGAUCUUGUACAACCAGCAAAGUGUGGAAGUGGAGGGAAACCUGAAGAGGAAGCUGAUCUCACACCUGCAGCCGGACACAGACUACUCCUUUGUACUGACCAGUAGGGGCAACAUCGCUGGAGGUCUGCAGCAGCAGGUGUCCAUCCGCACUGCCCCUGACCUGAUCAAGACCAAACCCAGCACGCACCUCGCCGAGAACGGCAAGAUGAUCAUCGACCUGCCCAAGGUCCAGACUAACAGUCAAGUCAGGUGGUACUACAUUGUGGUGGUGCCAGUAUCCCAGUCGCAGCGGCGGUGGAAGAGUCCAGACGAAAUGGACCUGGAUGAGCUGCUCAAAAGCGAAGGCCCUUUCCUGAGACGCCGACGUCACCUGGAUUCCUCCAGACCUUACAUCGCUGCUAAGUUGGACUCCCUGCCGUCGACGUUUACCCUGGGUGACGAGAAGAUGUACGGGGGUUUCUACAACAAGCCCCUGACCAGUCCACAGGAGUACCUGUGCUUCGUCUUGGCCUUACUUCAGUCUGAAGCCACAGACAGCUCGGCCAAUAAUAUGACAUUUUCUGCCAGUCCUUACUCAGACCCGAUUCAAGGCACGCGUCUUAGUCAGGGCUCAGAGCAGCCGGAGAUGUUGUGGGUAAUGGGUCCAGUACUGGCCGUGGUCCUCAUCGUCAUCAUCGUCAUCGCCAUCCUGCUCUUUAAGAAGAAACGGGCAUCGCCUCUACCCAAAGAUGACCACUCAGGUGGGGUGAAAGACUCUCUGCUGGCCAACUCGUCCGACCCUGUGGAGAUGAGGAGACUCAACUACCAGACCCCAGGUCCAAGCUCUCAUCGUUGCCCCAACACUCCAAGAAUGAGGGAACACCCGCCCAUUCCUGUCGCCGACCUGUCCGACCACAUCGAGCGACUGAAGGCCAACGAUGGCCUCCGAUUUUCUCAAGAGUAUGAGUCCAUUGAUCCAGGUCAGCAGUUUACCUGGGAAAACUCCAACAUGGAAGUCAACAAACCAAAGAACCGCUAUGCAAAUGUCAUUGCCUAUGACCACUCCAGGGUUGUGCUCACCUCUGUUGAUGCUGUUCCAGGGAGUGACUACAUCAAUGCUAACUACAUUGACGGCUACAGGAAGCAGAAUGCUUAUAUUGCCACACAAGGGCCUCUGCCAGAGACACUAAGUGACUUCUGGAGGAUGGUGUGGGAGCAAAGAUCCAACACCAUUGUCAUGAUGACUCGACUGGAAGAGAAGUCACGGGUGAAGUGUGACCAGUACUGGCCAUCACGAGGAACUGAGACCUACGGAAUGAUCCAGGUCACCAUGCUGGACACGGUGGAGUUGGCCACUUACAGCGUCCGUACAUUUGCCCUCUAUAAGAAUGGUUCCAGUGAGAAGAGAGAGGUGAGACAGUUCCAGUUCAUGGCUUGGCCCGAUCACGGGGUGCCUGAGUAUCCCACACCCAUCCUGGCCUUCCUACGACGGGUGAAGUCCUGCAAUCCUCCAGAUGCAGGGCCUAUGGUGGUUCACUGCAGCGCCGGGGUGGGCAGGACCGGCUGCUUCAUCGUGAUCGAUGCCAUGCUGGAGCGCAUGAAGCACGAGAAGUCUGUAGACAUCUACGGUCACGUGACGUGCAUGCGCGCCCAGAGGAACUACAUGGUCCAGACCGAGGACCAGUACAUUUUCAUUCAUGAAGCGCUGCUGGAGGCCGCUACCUGUGGCAACACUGAGGUGCUGGCCCGGAACCUGUACGCUCACAUCCAGAAACUCACCCAGCCCCCAACCGGUGAGACGGUGACUGCCAUGGAGCUGGAAUUCAAGAGACUGGCCAACUCCAAAGCCCACACGUCACGCUUCAUCAGCGCCAACCUGCCCUGCAACAAGUUCAAGAACCGCCUGGUUAACAUCAUGCCUUUCGAGUCCACCCGCGUCUGCCUGCAGCCCAUCCGUGGUGUCGAGGGCUCGGACUACAUCAACGCCAGCUGCAUCGACGGCUACAGACAGCAGAAGGCCUACUUGGCCACACAGGGCCCGCUGGCCGAGACCACCGAGGACUUCUGGAGGAUGCUGUGGGAACACAACUCCACCAUCGUCGUCAUGCUCACCAAGCUACGAGAGAUGGGACGGGAGAAGUGUCAUCAGUACUGGCCAGCAGAACGUUCAGCCAGGUACCAGUACUUUGUGGUGGAUCCAAUGGCCGAGUACAACAUGCCCCAGUACAUCCUCCGAGAGUUUAAAGUCACAGAUGCCAGGGAUGGCCAGUCCAGAACAAUCCGCCAGUUCCAGUUCACCGACUGGCCCGAGCAAGGAGUGCCAAAAACUGGAGAGGGCUUUAUCGAUUUCAUUGGACAAGUCCACAAAACCAAGGAACAGUUUGGACAAGACGGACCAAUCACUGUGCACUGCAGUGCUGGGGUGGGCAGGACCGGAGUCUUCAUCACCCUCAGCAUCGUGCUGGAGAGGAUGAGGUACGAGGGCGUGGUCGACCUCUUCCAGACAGUGAAGACACUUCGCACCCAGCGACCGGCCAUGGUGCAGACCGAGGACCAGUACCAGUUGUGCUACAGGGCAGCUUUGGAGUAUCUGGGGAGCUUUGACCACUAUGCAACGUAACCACUCCCGCCCGAGCAGCCUGCCUGGUCAAACCUCUCAGGAGUGUGCCAAGUGUCCCAUCUCAGCCACCAUCCACUCACUUGACCCCCCCCCCCCCCCCC